AUGGACCAGACGUAUAGAUCGCUUGCAGACUGCCUCCUCUGCAAGUGGGAGGAACUGAGGGCAACCGUGGCUACCACCAACGGCACCAGGAGCCCGCACUCUCCGCCUCGGCUCCUUGUCGCAGUAGCAGGCCCUCCUGGUUCCGGAAAAACAACAAUCGCAAACAAGGUUGCUGAAAUCAUCAACGCCUUGUCCCCGAGAAGCAACAACCCCAAAGCUAUCGUCAUAUCUGCCGACGGUUUCCACCUUCCGCUUGCCACACUACGAAAACUACCCAAUGCCUCAGAAGCCCUUGCACGCCGUGGAGCCCCAUGGACAUUUGACGGCCAUGCAGCUGUCAGCCUCAUACGAAAACUCAAGUCAGAUGCGCCUCGUCGGCCAAUUCUUGCGCCUACUUUUGACCAUGCAAUCAAGGAUCCAGUAUCAGAUGGAUUGCUCAUAGAGGUGGAUGCGGAUAUUUGCAUCCUGGAAGGAAAUUAUCUUCUCUGCGAUGAGCCGCCAUGGGAUGAGAUUGCAAAUCUCGUGGAUGAGAAGUGGUUUGUCUAUGUCGAGCCUGAACUGGCCUGUAAACGAGUCGCGUUUCGGCAUCUAGCCGCUGGAAUUGAGACAACGAUGGAGAAAGCACUCCAUCGAGCGAGGACAAACGAUCUGGUGAAUGGCGAGUUCAUUAUGUCCAAAAGCCUGGGCAGAUACAAUGUGAUGAUAGAAAGCAUAGAAACAAACUCUUAG